UAAACUUGAAGUUCGUAUUUGCCAAGAACCUGCCAUUUUGUAAGAUAGAAGGGAGAUAAAAAAUAGUUUUAUGGUGUUAAAAUUAAACAAAAACUUCGUUGCCAUUUUUAAUAAGGCCCAAAACAAAUGUUUAAAUGGACGCAUCGUCCAUUAUAACUCAGGUGUCUCGGGAUGACGAGCAAUUAAACAAUUAUGGAUCCGACAGAGGGUCAUCCCCUGGCGGGCAACAUAGCGAUGGAGAUGGAACCCCAGUGUCAGGUUCAACCCCAUUGGGGAGUAAGAAGUCGAGUGGUGGCGGUGGGUUCUUGCGCUCACUGCUAUGUUGUUGGCGCGGAGGAAGAGGGAAAGGCCCUCCCGGGGCAAACAGCACAAACAGCAUUGAUGGCCGAGCCUCACCACCGCUCCUGGUUAUGGCCGACCAUGCCCCCAGACCGUUGUUGCCACCAGUGAGACAUCAGGAUAUGCAUAAAAAGUGUAUGGUGAUCGACCUUGAUGAAACAUUAGUGCACAGCUCCUUUAAGCCAAUUAACAACGCAGAUUUCGUAGUGCCAGUCGAGAUCGACGGCGCGGUACACCAAGUGUACGUGUUGAAACGGCCGCACGUGGACGAGUUUCUGCGACGAUGCGGCGAGUUGUACGAGUGUGUGCUGUUCACAGCGUCGCUCGCCAAGUACGCGGAUCCCGUAGCCGAUCUGUUGGACAGAUGGGGCGUGUUCCGAGCGCGACUCUUCCGCGACAGUUGCGUGUUCCACCGCGGCAACUACGUCAAGGACCUGAACAGCCUCGGCCGGGAUCUGCGCCGAGUCGUCAUAGUCGACAACUCGCCCGCCUCAUACAUAUUCCACCCCGACAAUGCUGUACCUGUCGCGUCUUGGUUCGACGACAUGACAGAUUCAGAACUAUUAGACUUGAUACCGUUUUUCGAGAAACUCAGCAAGGUGGACAGUGUUUACACAGUGUUGCGAAACUCCAACCAUCCGUACAACCCGACACAGAACAAUUCCCCGCCGACAUAGCGGCCCCCCGCCGCCGCGCGGACGCCACUCCCCCGCGACCAAUCAAACGAACGUUCCCGAACGUCCAAUCAACGUCCGUUCGAAAUUCGAACGCCUCUUACGAGUUGUAAGAAAACUGGAUCGCUCGUGCAGCCGCCCACCCCGCGCCCCGCCGCGCACCUUCUACAAUCGAUCGUCAAGAAAGGAGCGAACUUCGUCUUAAGUGCCAAUUUUGCCUUCUGGAUAGUAAGGACGUUAUUUGUACCUAUUUUACAUUUUAGGUAUCUCUUAGUGCGUAAGUCUGUAUGAUGGAUUUGUGAUUAUUUAACUCCUUAGCUAAGCUUGCGGCAAUGUGCGUGUGUUCUGUCUACGUGUUGACUAAUUCGGUGACAAAAAUCCUUCUUCGAAUUUUUUAUAUCAUGCUUGGGAUCAAAUAUAAUAAGUUAGGAUACUUUGAUCAUCAAAACGAUCGCUUCUCGUAUUCAUUAUCGUGUCGUUUUUUGCCGCAAGACCGGGAAUUGAUCCCACUACCCACACUUCGUAUCCACUAAGUUAGAACGAUUCGAUCCUAUAGACUUCAUCACGAAUUAUAAAAUCGACUAAAAAAUGGUGUCCGUAACUAGUGGAAUGUGUAAAUAAUUUUUAUAAUAACGACAGAGGGACGCUUGAAUCAUGGUCUAGAAUUAAAGAAUAUGGAUUAAUUAUAAUGUACAUACAUAUUUUAUAAAAUAAAUGGUAAACAAUUGGAGAGCGGCAGAAAAUAUAGCACUUAAGGUGGAUAAGGUCCGCACUUGAGCUGAUGUUGCGCUGUUUGAAAACAAAUAGAAUAAUAUUUUUUUAAAUUACUUUACCACGCAACAGUACAGAAUUCUGUUCAUUCAGUCUCAUGUUCUUAAUUUAGAAUGGCGUAACAUCAGCAAAAAUAGUGAUGUGCACAUUUGAGCGUAAGUUGUUAUGUAUAACCCACAUAAAAUAUUAACGUGUGCACAUUUAAAUUAUUUCCCGUAAUUAUUGACAAUAAGAAGUCAAUCGUGUCAGUGUCAUAUGAGUUUAGUGAUUAAUUAAUUGUAAAACACGUAAGGGUUUAGUAUCUGAUGGACUUGGCAUCUAUGUAUUGAAGUGAUGCUCUCACAGAGAAGAUGUUUAUGUUAUUUCAAUAUUAUGUAUUAAUGAUUUUUUUUAAAAAUCGUUAAUAAUAUUAACUUAUUUCGUGGCACUAAAUUACGUAACGUUACCAUAUUUGGAUAAGACUGUCCAAAAUAACCACAAAAAUCUAACUUACGGUUUUCGUGCCGGUAAGCUUUAUUUUAUUGCCAGACAUAAUAUUCGGAAUUAUAUAAAUUAAAAAUCAUAUCUUUGAAUUCAAUGUUAAAUAAAUAAACGAAUCUUCUUUCGGGGAGCGGCGAAAAUGCUGCACAUAAAUAAUUAAUAAAUAAUAAUAAUCAUCUCAGUAUUAUACUAGUUUUAUAGUAUUUGAUGCCAUUAUAUACAGAAUUUUGCUAUGCGGAACAGCGAUUCUAAAGUGUUUUAUACUUAAACUUAUGUGAGACGUCAAGAUUUUACCUUGCACCGUAACAGGAAAUGCUAUAUAGAUAAAAGAUAUCAUGACUUAACUAUAAUUAAUUUUUUUAUACUCGAGAUAGUGUUUUAUGUUUGCAGAGUAAUAAUAUGAAUUUAAUAAUAAUAAAUAAUAGCAGCAAUUAUAACAAGAGCGAUUUAAGCGAAAUUUGAAGUUGAAAGUUAAACGGUUUGGGGCCCGUGACAGUUUUAAAAAGAUCUUUAAAAGUUCUGGUCAAAAUGUUUUCUUUUAAACCUUGUCUGUCAUACAAAAUUUUCCUAUGAUGCUUACAAAGCUACCAUCGCCUAAAAACUUUCAUUUCCUCAAGUCAAGUGUAGUGGGCUGAAGGGACUCCUUUAAACCCUUUUUUUUAUUUUAAUGUCCGUUGCGCCACCUAACUACCCAUGGAUUGUAGUUUCUCAUUCAUUUUUAACUACAUAACAGCAAAAAAUUAGCGCUCAAGGAACGUUGUUAUUCUGUAAAUAUAAAAUGUUAUGCCACUGAUGAUAAUAUCUUCCUUUUGUAGUAUACCUUCAUAAACUCCUAACAAACAAAAUUCAAAAUUAUACCUAACGGAUUUAUGUAAGAAUUACUUAGGUAAUAUAAAAAUGGUGCUUUCAGUAUUAGUUGAUUAAGCAAUUCGGACGAUUGACUGUUAAGACAACUAUAGCACUCUUAACGCACAUUGGCCUCCAAUUGGUUAAACGAAUUCGGACAUUUCAAUACGGAAAACGGAGUAUAAUUUUUACUUUUAUAAAAAUCUGUAUACCCCUUACCGUUGCUUGGCGAUAUCGUAUGUACUGUAUAUUGUUUCGAUUGCUUAGCAAAAAAUGUUUUUUAUUUGUUUUUCUUUUUUCAUAAUUAUAUUUAUGAACAAUAUUGAUUUAUUAUUGUUUGGUAAUAGAAGUGUAAAUAAGAUUUUUAUUAACUUAAAGUUCGAUUUUAAUAUUCGAUACUAUCCGUUUCGAUAGUGUAUAUGUUAGUUUGUUAUUUAGUGACUACGCCGGUGUAUGUACAUACCCUUAUACGUAUAUUUUAAAGAUGUAUGUAAUCGCUAGUUGACCAAGCUCCAUACACUAGAAUAGUAUGUUUUACCGGCUGGUAAUCCACAAUCAAAUUUGGAGGACAUUGAUUGUUAUUAAUAAUAACAUACACUGCGAUAUGAGAAUUCAAAUAUAAAAUCUAUUCCUAACAUUGCCUACUAUUUUAUUUAUACGCGUCAAAUUAUGAAUGGCUUAUCGUAUCUCUUUAAAUGUGAAACGUGGAUUGGUCAAAUGUAGAAAUUAAACUUAUGAAUUGUAUAAGGGCAAUAUGAAAUUAUUGAUAAUUUUUUCUAUAUGUAAUUUUUGUAUGUUGUUUUGUAUUUUUAUAAUUGGUGAUUGCAGUCGGCAUAAUCGCCGUAUAGACCUUUGGACCAAUGUCGUGUAACUAAGUUAGCUUCUCAUUAAUUAAAGAUACAAUGAGUAUGUUACACUAAACCUGAUCCCCCUUGCAUCCCUCUUGCUAUUAGAGUGAGUGUUUAGUUAUACCUAGAUGUGGGACGAUUUAGUAAGUCAUUUAUUUUAUACCCAGAUGUGGAGUGAGUGAGUCAUCCCAUUUAUACCCAGAUGGGGGGCGAGUGAGUGAAUCAUCCCAUUUAUACCCAGAUGUAGGGCGAGUGAGUGAAUCAUCCCAUUCAUACCCAGAUGUAGGGCGAGUGAGUGAGUCAUCCCAUUUAUACCCAGAUGUAGGGCGAGUGAGUGAGUCAUCCCAUUUAUACCCAGAUGUAGGGCGAGUGAGUGAGUCAUCCCAUUCAUACCCAGACUUGGGGCGAGUUAGAGUGAGUCAUCCCAUAUUCAUCCAAAUGUGGGGCGAAUGCGCGAUACUUCCAUUUAACCUAGAUGCCUUCCACAUUUAUUAAUACCAAUUUAUUUUUAAACACCUGUUACAAUGAUUUUCCAAAGAUUGUGUAUAUGGUUGUAUUACGCGACUGCAUGCACUCAAAACGCAAUACUUAUUGGUUUCCCGUGGCUUGCGAUGUGGAUUACUAGGUGUCACCCAUUGACCACAGUAGACGGCAUUUAUUUGUAAGCAUUAACAUUAGCGUAGGAUGUUAUAGUAAUAUAUACGUUGAUUUCUCUAGUUGUAAGCAUUCUGUUGUUUAAUGACGCGUUCUUUUAAACAUACUGUAUCUUAGGCUCCUUAGAUAUACACCCUGUGACUCUUAGACGUUCUACGUUUAUAUUAACUUGACUAUAGAAAUCGUCCAACAGUGUUAUAUAGGUAAUAUUGUUAAUAUUAUUUUAAAUCGUAAUGCAUGCAAUAAAAUUUGAUUGAUAUUUUCUAAUGUCUUAUAUUAAUAAAAUAUAAUAAAUUUUAUUUUAUGUCUAACAUUACCUAACUUGCGAGUUUCGGGUAUAAGUUAUUGUAUCGUUUAUUUAAUAAAAUAUUCUUUUUAAUGUAUGACGGGGAGAUGUAAUGGAUGCAAUAAUUUUGCCGUUGUCUUUGAAUUGUUUACAACUUAAUUUAGCUUAUGACGGCUUUCAGAUGUAAAUGCAUAUAAUUUGAACCUAUAAAACUCCCUUAGCUCGCAAUUCUUGAUUUGCUUGUAAACAAAGUACAAAUACAAUAGCGUGGCUCGUGUUAUUGAGAACAAAAAUAUUAUAAAAUAUAAUUUCUUAAAUAUAAGGUUGUGCUUAUGCUGUACUACAUAUCUUUCACUUGCAAAAUCAAAACAUCGGAGAAAUUAAAUUCUUGCCUUUCUAUAAAAAUGAAAAAAUAAAUACUCUUGAUUUUUGUAAAUCUAACAUAACUCUAGCUACCCACCUGUAAUUCAAAUAUUUUUUAUCUGUGACAGCUUGGCAAGAAAGGAAUUUAUUUUAUAAAGAAUUGAUAAAGCCGUUUAUACAGCAAGGCCUUUAUUGCAUUAAUAUUACGUGAAGAACACCAAGCUAUCAGAGAUAAAACUCUCAAUUGUAUUACACUGCCUUCGCCUGUUUCGGCUGUGGUUGUACAGUAAGAUCGAUAAUUGUUUAAUUUUAUCGAUUUAAGUAUGAUAAUGUACUUACGGCCUUGUAUCGCGUAGCUAUUUUUUAUCUUCCUUCGUUCAAUCGGUCCAGUUUUCGAUUUUAUUUCAGCCACAGUCCAAAACGUGUCAGGGUCUUGAAUGUCUAAUGAAGUCCAUAACAUGGACAUAUCAAUUUUGUGUAGUGUUAAAAAUCUAUGACUUGUAAUCAAUUGACAAUUUACUAACAACCUAGGGUAAAAGUGAUAUUAAAACGAAAGCCAUACCGUAUUAUAGGUAAUUCAUUCUAUCAUGGUUUGAAACAAUCUUUAUAUAUCUAUACAAUCAAAUAAAAUAAUAAAUGAGAGAUCGAAUCAGGUAAACUAGCUCUCUUGUAAUACACCUUUUUUCAAUUAAUACGAUUGAAUUUAAAAACACGAAAUUCCGCCAGUCGCUUAUUGAUCAAUAUUUUUUAAUUCCCGUUCCUGAGUUCUAAACGACUCCUUCACAAAAAUAUAUGUUAAAGCUUGUGAACCUUUUGAUCAUUGUAACAAAGAAUACUAUGCUUUGAAUUUUGCAACUGUCAACGAAGUCUGGUUUUUUAAAUCGAAAAAAUUGUAGAUAUCAUGUACAGCACAUUACGGGAUUAUGAAUUGGUACCUAUCAAACACUAGGCAAGUGAGAGGACUAUAAUUAUUAUAUUUAUGAUGUGUAAUAGCCAUGGAAAAUAGGGGAAAUCACGUGAGUAGCUAGGUAACAUUUACCUGUGACGAAAUUUAUAUAAUGGUGUACAUUUUUGAUAUGAUGUUGUACAAAAGAGAAGUUUGGUAUGUUAUUUUAUAGGAAUGAAAUAAAUAGCCUUAAUAAACAA